AUGUAUGUAAUUUUGUUAUUUGCAGCAAAUGGUUAUUUUCUCCUGAAAGAUGUUGUUAAAUUCACGGAAGUGGCUGGAGAAUUGCAAGCGAGAGGUUACGUCGUAGAUUUCCCCGCGUAUUCUUGCAGAGAACCAGUUAUUGAUGCAUCAAGUAUAAGCUGGGAAAACUUCUACAACCUUGAUAUUUAUACCAAGCUAAGCAUGGCCGCCGCUGAAAGAACGGCCAAUAAGACCGAUGAUGCUAAUGAAUUUGUCCAAAAGAUUGUACAGAACCCGUUAUUGGAGUCUGACCAUGUUGUUCCACAUGAAAGGGAAGAUAAGUUCGUUCCAGAGCAAAAUGGAUGGUUUGACUUCUUAAAAGCCAAAAUUGAUCAUCAAAAAGAUAUAAAAAUAUGGCUGAAGAAAGUCGUCAAUAAGAACGUUUAUUUGAAGAAAUUUGGCGAGAAUUUUCCUGAAAAAUUUGCAACCUUGUCUUUACACCGUUUGAAGCAUCUAAAAACCAUUUGUUCAAAUCAGGUAGAUGGAGGAGAAGAGGAACGCAUAAUGGAUUUCAAGAUUUUGGAUUUGCCGGCAAAGACGAACGAAAAGGUCUAUCUCCAUGUCUAUAAGAUGAAAGUCUGGGUUGACUGCGAAUCCUCCACCAACAUGGGAGGUUUAAAUUAUGAAUACACUAAAUAUUCUUUCUGGCCAAGGAAGACUCUAGUAGACAGAAUGAGUAGCACUUCAAGAGACAGGGGUGUGGAAGCGCUAAAAUGUUUCCUUAAAAAGGUUGUAGGGCCAGAGCCUGUUAGUAAUGCGACUACAACAACAACACAAAAACCAAUAACUACGACCACUAUUAAGACCACUACUGCAGCUCCGACUACUCCUGCAAAGGAUACUCAGUCUACAGUGAAUAUUCAUCUCAUAGGAGAUUGUGAAGAAGCGAAUUAGUAAAGUUACUUAAGUUUUAUACGAAAUAAAUGCGGUACAUCAACUCCAAA